AUGGCCUUCAUCGAGCCACGCCUCAUCCACCUGCUCAACGAUUCGACUACUCCUCAGCUUGCUCGCGCUGAUCUGCCGCCGCUCCGCCUGGCAUACUCUCGUCCCUCCGAGCGACCGUUCCCCCUCGAGCCCGAUACCUCCCACCGUGAAGAUAAGCCCAAGGCACCUCUCGCCACGAGCCAUGGAGCCCCGCUCGCACCUUCGAGAGGGCCAGACGAUGCCUUCGCCACGAGAGAUUUGAGGAAGGAAGAUGAUGGAGCAACCGAUCGAGGGGGAGCUGUUAGCAGCACCGCAUACAUGCAGCUCAGGCUGCUCGUCGGUGAAGAUCGAGAUACGACAGACUCAUCCUUUUCCCUCAGCAAGAUCCUCGACGAAGUACCCGACAACAGCAAAGAUGACACAUCCAACAAGAAGAGACACCGGAACAUCGCCACUAAGGACGACUUCGUUCAGCUGCCUCAACCGGUGAAGAAGCAAAAGCCCAUUCAACCUCAGGUCAUGCCGGCUAUGCCACCCAUCAUCAAUGGCCUUCACGAACCUCCACCAGACGCUGCUCUUUUUCCACCCAUUGCCUCCAACGACUUUAACGAACCCGAGAGCAACCAGCUCAAGCCCCUUCGAGAUUACGCGCCCGUCACCGAAGAGAAAGAAACCGAGAAGCCCCCGGACCCCGAACCGACUCCUACAAAGGCUUCGAAAGCCGGCAGUGGCAAGACGAGGAAGAAGGCUAUGAAGCCCAGACGCAAAUGGUCCGAGGCAGAGACAAAUCACUUGCUUCUAGGUGUCAAUCGGCACGGCGUAGGCAAAUGGACUGAUAUACUCGCGGAUCCGGACUUCAACUUCAACGACCGAACAGCGGGAGACUUGAAGGAUCGCUUCCGUACGUGCUGCCCGAACGAGCUUAGACGGACAAACAGCGACACAAAGAUUGCGACGACUGCCCUGCCUACGACUCCAACUGAGCCCAAGGCAAAGGCUAAGACCGGCCUGCUCUCCGAGAACAUCCUUAUCGCGCAAGAAGAGCCCGUUGUCGUCGAGCAGUCACAGACACAGGCCGGUCUGCUCGACGCGGACGGCAUCCCCAAGGCGAAGAAAAGCCGGGCGCACCGAAAGAAGCUUGAGGACUUGGCUGAGCUGGGGAUUCAUGGCCCUUUCAAGAAGUCUCAUCGAAGGGAACGACGGCCAUUCACCGACCAAGACGAUAAACAAAUACUAGAGGGUCUGGACAAGUACGGACCCGCAUGGACCAAGAUCCAGCGGGAUCCUCGCUUCAGUCUGUCAGGACGACAGCCGACAGACCUUCGGGACAGAGUGCGGAACAAGUACCCAAGUGUAUACCAGAAGAUUGAAAAGGGACUGUUCCAAAUCAAAGACGGCAGGGGAGGUGAUACGCUGGAGCCCACGGUCAGCAUGAGCAUUAGCAACACCUUGCAGCCCAACAGACCGCCUCCAAUGGAAGCGGCCUUGAAUAGGACCAACUCGAAGGAGGAUCUGCCCAGAUGGCCUCUAUCGAUGCUCGACAAUGGAGAAUCGCCGGCGGUACAACAGGCCUUCGACUUUGGCGAAACGACAACCGCCGCUUUCAUGGGCAGCGCGGGUGAAAUGGACAUCUCCCGCCUGCUAUUGGACGACUCUCAGGUCGACAACCUGCCCAUGAGGCAGUAUGCCGCCGAGAUGGCACCCGAGCCCAUGUCACCUUGA